UAAGCGUGCAUCUGUUCUUAUACGAAAAAAAUCGCCAUGUGUACAAAUAAUAUUUACGUACACAUAUUCUCUCUCGGUAUAGUGAACCGUUGUUGAUAACAGAAAACAAACCGUCAAUUCAUUAGUCAUUCAUUCAUUCCAUUUAGUAUGUGACACGCACAUCGAACAUGCUCCAAAAUGAGACGAUCAUGGAUUUAUCUGUCAGCAAGACAAACACUGCAUGACAGGAUUUACCUUGUUAGGCCUAUUGGCCUUGAUGUUAUCGCUAUAGUGGAGGAAAGCGAGUUUUCACACAACAACGUGUUGUUAUAAAACGUCCUUGAUGGCACGUGACCCGCAUUAAGUAUUCAGCGUACGUCAGGGGACGUUACUGCGGCAGACAAGAAAACGGAAUACGUUAUCGUUUAGGAGAUUAUCGACCAGUAGAUCACUAGGUCAUUGUCUUCAGAUUGUGCGGACACACGUUGACAGUGGAACCUGACCGACUGAAGAUAUGCCAGUUAAAGGAUUGACGGAACGACUUGCAGAUGGUGGGACACUAGUGGUGGCGGAAGGAUACCUGUACGAGUUUGAGCGUCGCGGUUAUUUGAAGGCUGGGGCAUUUGUACCGGAAGUAGUCAUAGAGCAUCCGGAACAGCUCCGUCUCCUCUCAGAGGAAUUUGUUCAUGCUGGCAGCGACACUGUUGUGGCAUAUACUUAUUACGGCCACCGAGAGAAACUGCGUGCAAUAGGCCGAGAAGAUGACCUCGAGAAACUUCAGAGGACGGCCCUGCAGAUCGCUCGUGAGGUAGCGGACAAGACUGGGACCCUGAUGGCGGGAGACAUUUGCAACACGACGUUGUAUGAUAAGGAUGACCCCGCGACACAUCGAGAGGCCAUGUUCAUGUUCAAAGAACAAGUGGAAUGGGCUAGCGAGUACAAUGUGGAUUACAUCAUAGGAGAAACCUUUAACGACUUAGGGGAAGCUCUCCUUGCUCUAGAAGCCAUCAAGACGUACGGCAAAGGCGUACCCGCCGUCAUCACGUUUGCUCCGUCCGGUGCCUACCAUACUUUUGAUGGUCACCUUUACGGCGAUGCUUGCCGGAAGUUGGAAGAGGCUGGCGCAGCCGUAGUAGGUGUCAAUUGUAACAGAGGACCGAAAAGCAUGCUUCCGAUCGUACGCGAUAUCAUCAAAUGCUGCAAAGGACCUGUAGCCUGUUUGCCGAUCCCAUACCGCACGACCGACGAACAACCGACAAUGCAUUCUCUAGUGGACGCGGACACAGGUAAGAUGGCCUUUCCAGAGGACCUUCCAGCAUGGCUGUGCAGUCGGACACAAAUCACUGCGUUUGCUCGUGAGGCAAAAGAGAUAGGUGUUCGUUACAUCGGACUGUGCUGUGGGAAUGCUUCCUACUAUACCCGUAUCCUGGCAGAAGUGUAUGGACGGACUCCUCCCGCCUCUAAAUACUCACCAGACAUGUCUCAACACUUCGUAUACGGUGACGAGAAGUUCGCAAAGAAGUAUUUCUCAGAUGGGCUGAAGGCUAAACUGGCAGCCAAUGAGUAGGCUCUAGACAGUUUUCUUCCUAGGACUCUAUCGUGGUCUUUAGUGACCGUGUCCCUGCGGUCCAUCUCUUCCAAGGAAUUCUUGAAGUAAGAAAAUCGGCACCCUUGAAAAAUUCAUUGAUUUCAAUAUUGCUUGUCUGAAUAUGAUGCCAUUUUAAUUUCAUUUUUUAUGAAUACAUUAAUUGUUACAGGUGAA